AUGCACCGCCACGAUUUCCUCGAAGUCCCCGUCGGUGCCCUAUGGUGUGAGGAGACAUUGUCGAGCCAAGCACUUCGAGAGGCAGGCGAAGUGAUCAACCGGCUCUGUGAAAGGAUCACCACCAUCGGCGAGGAGCACACAAUCGAUCAAGUGAGGGAUGCGGUGCCGCGGCUCACGAAGAUGGAGUGGUACAACGAUGCCUGCCUCUUUGUGCUGAUAUCGGCGUUGAUCCAUCAGCCUUGGAUUCUAGAGAACACCGACGUUCGCGUUUGGUACCCCUUAUGGAAUGGCGCCACGGUCAAGACCGCCAUGUGUCCCAUCUAUCCUGCGCGUCAGCGACGGGAUCAGCCGCUUCAUCUCCCCUUGGGUAGGCUCCUAGGAGAAGACUCCCGGUGGCGUGAGCGAAUCUCAGUCAUGGCAUUCCAACCUUCUGCCUUCCACUUCGCCACGAUAGUGAUUAUCGGACCCAGGCGCAUGGUUGUCGUCUACGACUCCCUAAGCAGCGAGACCCCUGGAACCGCAUUGAAUUACCGGCUUCGUUUAGAGGAAGAAACCGGGGCAGUGUCAGCGGAGGACAAUGAUAACUGGAUGGCCUUGCCGCACAAUAAACACGACCAGAACUCUUGUGGUCCUCUGUCGGUAUCCUGUGCAUUGCUGCUGGCACAAGGUUACGUGCCGUCCGCUACGAGCAUGCGUCUGGGAGCAGAAACAAAUGGGACUACGACCGCCCAGUUAAGAACCUCACACCUUCUUGACCUCAUCGGCAUGUUGUACCACAUGUCUUUUCCAGCGGUCGAUACCCUGCAGUCUGAUCAAGACAAGGAGCCAUCUUCUGAACCGACAGACGCCGCACAUGAUCCCAUCCUGCGACGUCUGAUCCAGCAGGCCAUUGAGCGGACAGCUCACUUACGCGACGUGGGCGAGCAGCCAGACAGCUAUGAGAUGCCGUAA